AUGCCCAUUGGUAUGUCACCUUAUCGGUUGGUGUUUGGGAAACCAUGUCACCUUCUAGUUGAGUUAGAACACAAGGCUUAUUGGGCUAUUAAGAGUUUCAACAAGAAGAUGGAUGAAAGUGGAGAACAUAGGAAGUUGCAACUACAAGAAUUAGAGGAAAUUCGCAAUGAUGCCUAUGAGAGUGCAAGGAUUUACAAGGAAAAGACGAAGGCUUUUCAUGACAAAAUGAUCUCUAGGAAGGAGUUUAAAGUUGGUUAUAAAGUCCUUAUAUACCAUUCACGGCUUGGUUUGUUUCCAGUUGAAAUUCAAAGUUUAGCAACUUCCAAAGUGUUCAAGGUGAAUGUCCAUAGACUUAAGACUUUCUAUGAAGGUUUCCAACAACAAGGAUUAGCAUUUUGUGGCCAUGAUGAAUCUAAAGACUCAAGUAAUCAAGGAAAUUUCUGUGAAUUGUUGCAGUUUCUUGCGAAACAUAAUGAAGAAAUUGACAAGGUUGUCUUAGAAAAUGCUCUUGAAAAUCAUCAAAUGACCGCCCUAGACAUUCAAAAAGAAAUAGCAAAUGUUGCAGCAAAUGAAACUCUAAAUGCUAUUCUAAAAGAUCUUGGAGACUCGUCAUUUGUUAUCUUAGUUGAUGAAUCUUGUGAUAUAUCUGUCAAAGAACAAUUGGCAAUAGUUUUGCAUUAUGUUGAUAAGUGGGAGCAUGUGAUUGAAUGUUUUUUAGGCAUUACAUAUGUUAGCAAUACUAUAGCUGUAGUAUUGAAGAUGACAAUUGAGUCAGUACUUAGCAAGCAUCAUUUAAGUAUUAGCAGAUUGCGAGGACAAGGAUACGAUGGAGCUAGCAAUAUGCGAACAUCAUGCAAACGUCGUGAUGCACUUCGUGAAAAACGAAUUGCUGAAGUUGUGGAAGCACUACGAAAUAAUGAAAUUUCUACUGGUCGUGGCUUGAAUCAAGAAAUUAAUCUAAAGAGACCUAGAGAAACGCGUUGGAGUUCUCAUUAUGGUGCAAUUAUUAAUCGUAUUCUUAUGUUUUCUUCUGUCUUUGAAGCGAUUAAAGAUAUUGUGGAAGAUGGUUUAUAUUCUGAACAGAGAAUAGAAGCAAAUAUACUAAUUCAAUCGUUCCAGACUUUUGAAUUUGCUUUCAAUUUACAUUUGAUGAAAAGUGUUUUAGGAAUUACAAAUGAGUUAUCUCAAGCAUUACAAAGAAAAGAUCAAGAUAUUCUGAAUGCGAUGAAGUUGGUUAAAGUUUCAAAGCAGCGUUUACAGGCUAUGAGAGAAGAUGUGUGA